ACCGGUGUCCAAAUGUAUCGUUAUCUUCAAGCACAGAAACAUUCAACCGUGACCAGAAGAAACGAUUUUGCUGCGUGUGACGAGCAUAACAUCCUUCCCUGUCUCGACGUCGACCCCGAGCAGGUCGAAAUGAUACUCGAGGAAACCGUGCGAUACGACACCGGGAGCAAAUUGUCCAAUGUCGAGUGGCUAUCGACGAGAGCGCCAUGGGGCCACGCAGGCUACGUGAGAAUUGGUGAAGACUAUCGCGCGUAUGGCAUUGCCAUGGUGCACCAGCUGCACUGUGUCGAGAUGUUUGCACGGGCACUGCCAGAUCCCGAGGACGCAAACGCUAGUCCACCACACAUCGCGCACUGCUUGCAGUAUCUAAAGCAGCUUUUCCUGUGCAAUUCAGAUACAACCCUGGAACCGUACGAUUUUGAGGACCGUGACUUCGCGUCUCACCCAGUCGGCAUGAGUCGGACUUGCCGAAACUGGGCUGCUGUGUACGCAGCCGCGGACGAAAACUACGCGCGAUGGGCCGCCCAAGCGGAGUCUAUCGAAAACAGUUCCGCAUCUGCUGCAUCACGGUGACUGUCUUUACAUG